UUUGGUUGAUAAUUUGGAUUCUUUGAAUUGAGAUAAACUUUGAACGAAUUCACCAAUUACAGUAAACUUUCUUUACAAUAGUGUCCAAUUUCUUGGAAAUUUUUCUUCGAAUAUCUUUUUUCCCUCGUUUUACUGAUAGCAAUUUCAACAGAAAUUUCAAAAAAUCAUCAAAUCAUGAAUACGGCAAAUCAACGAUUAAAAUCAAUAUCAUCAUUAUCAUCAUCGAUUGUAUUGAUUUCCAUUAUUAUAAUUAUUGCCAUAUUGAAUAAUAAUAAUGAACAAAAAAAUCAUGUUAAUGCUGUACGUACAAUGGAUUUUCCAACCGUUAUACGACGUUUAGAUUGUUCAUCAUUUUGUCGUCGUACAAAAUUUAAUGGCUAUGUUGGUGGUUGUCAUUGUGGAUUUACAUUAUUUUCACGUAAACGUUCAGGUGGUGGUUUUCAACCAUCAACAAUGGCAUUAGAACCGAUACAACAACAACAACAACAAUCAUCAUUAUCACCAUCAAUAUCAUAUAUGGGCAAUAAUUUUGGCGAACAACAACAACAACAAAAUGAUGAUAAUGAUGAUUUUAAUAUGCCAUUGGCAAUGUUAAAAUUAUCAUCAUCAUCCAAAAUGAAAGAAUAUUCAGAAAACUUGAACAACAACAACAACAACGAUAACAUCAAUGACAAUAAAGAAAAUUUGAAUAAAUUAUAUCUUGGUGAAAGGUGAACGAAUAUUUAUUCCAGCAAAACGAUCAUCAUCAUCAUCAUUGGUCAUCCUAUGGUCAUCAUCAUCAUGCAUUUCUAUCCAUAGAUCUCAGCAUCAUCAUUGAAAAAUCAUUGA